CCGUUGUCAACGCGUUGCACGUGACUUCCCGGUCUUCAUUCUCUACCCUCACUUUCUCCCCUCUUUCGUGUAGCAUCUCAGGUUCACCAUUCCACUGUUUCAAAGCUGUAGUCUAUCCUAGCUGUGAUCUCUCUCCAAACUGUCCCUGCAACACUGAACUGUUUUUCAAGUUACGCCGCGUCGGACUCCUAUGAACGAUCCAAUCAUUGAUAGCUCCACAAACUUGAUCGUCCAGGCCGCCUUUAAAGAUGCCUGGGACGCGUUUUACGCUUGGGAGCAGGAAUACUGUCGGGAGUCUAUUCAAAAGCUAGCUGGGCAAGACUCGGAGGAAGAUGAAGACGAAGGCGAAUGGGAAAUUGGCGACUCUGCAACAUCAAUCAUGGCUGAAGAUGGCUUCUGCGUCGAGCAAUAUCAGAAUGGCGAGACCAUCACGUCUUGGCUACCUGUCGAAGUUGUCGAAGUGGCAGCACUGUUUCCAGAGUGCUCCGCAUAUGAAUCCUCACCUCUUGCUAGCCGCAGUGUCUUCCACGGUGACGAUCCUGAUAGCAUGAAUUUCAUGCCAUUUGCGGACGAUCCCGGUUUUGUUGAGGUUCCACAGGACGGAGACCAGCUACAUUACACCUACUACAAGGAAUUUGCGUGGCAAACACUGCACGAUCCCGAUCUUGAAAUCAUCGUCUCUGCUGCAGCGCAGAAAUUGAUGGAUCUGAAUAAUAUGACUCUGGAAAAGAUAGACAAGACGAACGUUUUGCCUUUGAAAAUGCAGAGCGUCGUCAAUCUCGGUCGUCGAAGGAACUUGCUCCCGUGGCUCGGAGCGUUGUUCUCCCUAGCUGAACUCGGGCCCAGGACCCGCGAAAUUUCAUGGUUUUGCAAUAAUUUAAACUGUCUUGUCAGUCACUGUAUGGUUCAUUGGGAAUGUGAUCCAACCCCCGUGAAACAAAUGCCCAAAAAGAAGAGCGACAGGUUAUCUGAUGAUAUUUCGGGACCUUGUAGUAUGAAUUGUUUCCUUCAUGGAAAUCCGCCUUACAUUGAGAUACAUUGGACCCCCGAAGACAUUGAGACGCUGCACGAUAUGCUGGACCACGCCCCGGACAUGACUCCAUGCGAACUCACGACCAUCUGUCGAAAACCCUGCCGAGAGAUCUUUAAACGACGAUGCGCCUAUAUCCCAGAUGUUUUAGUGGACGCUCCCCCGCGCCAGAGACCCGUAAUACGCUCCAGGAAUCUAAAGAUCAAAGAUACUGACCACCAUGUAUUCACUCCUAAUAAACCUUGCGAGCAUGAGGGUCCCUGUGACGCCCAUUCCGGCUGCCUGUGUUUCAAUAACAGUACCCAUUGCAUGCGGAACUGCCAAUGCGCCAGCCAUCGAAAGCCCUGCAUCCGCCGACGGACGGGGUGUGAUUGUUCAACCAGAGAAUGUCGGAAGAAGCCUUGUUCAUGCUUCUUGGAGAACAAAGAAUGCGAUCCUGAAUUGUGUCACAAGGGAAGAGCCAGAUCUGGAUGACUGCACGAUCUGCAAGAACAUGGCCAUCCAGCGAGGAAGACAGAAGGCGGUGGAGGUCAAGGAGAGUCAAUGGGGGCUGGGUCUCUAUCUUUUAGAGCCCGCCGAGAAAGAUGACUUCAGUUAUCGGCAAGUCCUCAGAUAAGGGAUGCCUUCUAC